GGAGCAUUAGCACCGGACACGUGCACAUGUUGCAUGCAUUUAAGAUACUAUCACACUCAGGAAAAUUGAAAGCAACAAAUAUGAAUAAAACGAGAAUUUGGAAAUUACGCAUCAAAUAUUAAUGCGUCUCAUUCUGGGCUACAAAGAUUAAGAACUUGUUCCUUUGUUCCUAAAUACAACUAGUGUAAUAAAAUGAUUGCUUUUGCUCCAUCGGAUUUCCGUUGGGCGAUUCACGCGCCGGCUGGCCUUCCGUCUUUCUCCGCCGUAGAACCCGCCGCUGCCGUUGGUAGUCCACCGCAGAGGCUGCGGCCACUCUGCAUCAGUAGUAGCGCAGGUGGUAGAACCAGCCCUAAGCCCUCUGUUUGUACGGCCGAUGAGCUUCAUUACGUUCCCCUUCCCAACAAUGAAUGGAAACUCGCCCUAUGGCGCUACUUACCUUCACCACAGCGGAGCCGCAGGAAUCAUCCUCUGUUAUUGUUGUCUGGAGUAGGCACUAAUGCCAUUGGCUAUGAUCUUGCUCCUGGUUCAUCUUUUGCACGAUAUAUGUCUCACCAAGGAUUUGAUACUUGGAUUCUUGAAGUUCGAGGUGCUGGCUUGAGCGCAAAAAUUAGUCAAGAUGAAGGAUUACAAGAUGCAACACAAGUGUCUGCUAUUACAAGCCAACUCACUGAAUUUGGUCAUGGACUUGGAAAUAUUAUUGAGGAAAAUCAACAACCAAUCUCUCAGUUUACUGGUUUGCAAAACCGCUUUUCUAUUACAGUAGAAGAUUUCUUGAAACAGCUUCAUCUGAUUGGGAAGUAUAACUGGGACUUCGAUCAUUACUUGGAAGAAGAUGUGCCUACAGCGAUGGACUACAUAAGGAACCAAUGCAGACCGAAGGAUGGAAAGUUGCUCGCUAUUGGCCAUUCUAUGGGAGGUAUCUUGCUGUAUGCCAUGCUCUCACAAAAUGGUUCCAGAGGAAAGUGCACUGAGUUGGCAUCAGUCAUCACUUUGGGUUCAUCACUGGACUACACUACUUCACGGUCAUCCCUGAAAAUGCUUUUACCCUUAGUAGAUCCUGCAAAGGCUGUGAAUCUUCCAGUUGUUCCACUCGGAGCAUUACUCGCAGCCAUCUAUCCUCUUGCAUCUCGUCCUCCGUAUCUCUUAUCAUGGUUAAAUCCUCAGGUAUCUGCGCAAAAUAUGAUGCAUCCGGAAAUGUUUGAGAGGCUUGUCUUGAAAAACUUUUGUGAAUUGUUGACUUGAUGGAAGGGGAUAACAAGCGCAAGCUCUCCAAAACAAGAUUGGUAUUAUUGUUUGGCGUUACACAAUAACAGCAAUAUCCGACAUGCAAUCAAGUUUUUGUUCACAGUUCAAGCUAAUAUAGAAGCAUUUGCCUGUGAUAGGUGUCGUUAUACGAGAAAUCUUGUUUCACUUUCUUAGAUUUCCACAGUUGUCGAUUAUCAUGGACUGCUAUGUCAUUGCACAACUGAAUCUAACUUUUUACUUCUCCAACCAUUUGGGUGUCAUAACAUAUUUCUACCUGAGGACAUUACCUCAGUUGAACUCAUAGUUUAUAUAUAUAUUUUUUAUUUUUUUUGGUUACUGUGUACUGUACUCCAUUAGAACUAUUAACAAGCUUUAGCUUAAACAAACUCGCAUUUCUUGUAGGUAAAAUGACUUCGUAGUAAUUUUUAUUUCUGAAAUUACUUUAGUUUCUCAAGCAAACUAACUCUCUGUUAAGCAGAUCGCUGUCCAAGCAGUAUAUGAUGUAUAAAUUGACUGUGUUUGUCAUCUGUUGUGUUGCAUCAACCGUCUUUGAGAUCAUUAGACCAUUGCUAACAUGAUACUAUGCACACCUAACAUCUGUCUUAAAUCCUUCAAUAGAUUAGGACUCUGCAUCCUCCAAACUGCCCAGUACCUCCCCUCUGAAAUAAUAAAAUAAGAUAUUAAAAGAUAGAAGAAACUCUGAGAGUACUUUUAUGGCUAUUAUUUAUGGAAUAUCACAUGGUUACAUUU